UAUUCACAUUUCCGGUAUUUCCCACCAUUUUCAAACGUCAAUAUAAACAUAACCUAAAUUUUCCACAACGACUCGAUUUUAAUUUCUAACGAAAAAACCAAUCCGACAUGCGUUCAUUUUCGAAGAAAAAAUGAAAAAACUCCACUGGUUCAACGUAUCAUCUAUUGGCAAACCCCUAAAAUUAUUCGUAACCUUCGCACUGAUCCUGACUGUUCUUUUUAUUACGUACUUUACUUAUCUUAAACCUAAACCAUCCCCAACUAAAGUCCCUUUCCAACACCGAAUUUUCGACGAAUAUAAACACAUGUCUCACCAAGAAACGCCGUUCAAGGGGGCCAAAAUUGUGCACUUAGACUUGAAAGGGGCCCCUCCGAAAAUCUCGUACUACAAAACCCUCUUUGCGCUUUUAUCUAAAUUUGGUGCGACUGGAGUGUUGAUUGAAUAUGAAGACAUGUUUCCGUACAAUUCUCCUUUGUUGAAAAAUGUAUCAGCACUGAAUGCUUACACGGUUGAAGACAUUCACUACAUAAACAAGCUAGCGUUGGAAAACAAACUGGAAGUGAUCCCAUUGUUGCAAACCUUCGGUCAUUUAGAGUUUCUGUUGAAACUGGAGGAGUUUAGCGAAUUGCGGGAAGUACCGGAGUAUCCGCAAGUGAUUUGUCCCACGCAUGAGAAAACCUUGAGUGUUUUAAUGGAAAUGAUCGAUCAAGUGUUGCAAAUGCAUCCACAUUCCAAGACAAUUCACAUUGGUGCCGAUGAAGUUUACUAUCUGGGAUUUUGCGACAGGUGUGCCAACAUUAUGAACAAAUUCAACUUGUCAAAAAAUAUGCUGUUUUUGGAACAUAUCAACGCAAUCACUACUCGAAUACGUAAAAAACACCCCCACUUGCGUAUUCUGAUGUGGGACGAUGAAUUCAGAUCGUUCAAUGUCAAAGAACUGAAAAGUGGGUUUUUGGACAAGGGCGUCCAACCAGUGGUUUGGAAGUACUCAAAGGACGUAUACGAGGAACUGGGGCCCAGCUUAUGGGAAAUGUACUCGGAAGUGUUCCCCAAAGUAUGGAUCGCGAGCGCUUUUAAAGGAGCCACAGGUAGCAACCAGUACGUCUCUGACGUCACCCACUACGUCCAGAACCACCGCUCCUGGCUAUCCCUGAUGUCGGAGUACUCCCACAGGAUCACCUUCGAGGGCAUCAUCAUCACGGGCUGGCAGCGCUACGACCACUUCGCCGUCCUUUGCGAGCUUCUCCCAGUGAGCCUCCCCUCACUAGCAAUGAGCCUCCGAGUCAUCUGCGGCUACCAAGACUCGCCCCUGAGCCCCCCGACCGAAGUGGCCAAACUUCUAGGCUGCGAGCAGCCCUACGCCCUCAUCGGGCCCGUGUUCGGCAGCCCUAAGUGCUCCUACACGGGCGGCGACAUCCUCGAGGGGGCCCUCAAGCUCCAGCAGCUCAAGCAGGAGUACGAGACGAUUCUAGAGGACUCGAGAGUCAAGGGCUGGAUGAGCGAUUAUAACAAAAACCACCAGUUCUCCAACCCGCAACAUGUGCAGUCCGUUACAGCGCCCUUGAACCGGAUCAAGGGCGAGUUGAUGCAACUAGACGGGGAAAUGACGGCAGCUAUGUACGAAGUUUACGAUAAUUACACGGUUAGUGAGUGGAGAGAGACGUACAUUAAGCCGUUCGAGAGGGAGGUCAGGGCCAUGGUUGAUGCGAGAGAUAAAAUUUUGGCGAAAAAUUAUUGGCCCAGGAGGCCGUUAUUGCAAGAGGGCGACGAGUUGUGAAUGAUUUUUGUCAAUUUUAAACACAAAAGCACAGAGAAUCUCACGUGAAUCUUUUCAAAUUUACUUACUCAUUAUUGUUACACGUAUAGCUUCUAAGUGCCAAAUGUUUACAUACUGAUAUUAUACAAAAUAAUCUUGGGGUUUUUCUAGUCUAGGGGGUUAUUGUUAUUUAUGUGACUGUUUUCUGUAUUGUAAUAAAGCGUUGUGAAUUUUUAA